CGCUGGCUCAGCCGCCGCUACCGUUUGCUCGUCUACCUCGCCGCCCAGCCAGCCGCAGGAAAACCUCUUCCCCUCUCUUCCCUUCGCUGCCUGUCUCUUUUCCGGAACCUUCUAGAAGCCCUCAGGGCUCCGCCAUGGAGCCCAGGAGGCGGGAGCGCCAGGUCAUCGUCGUCGCAGGCGCGGCGGCGCUCGUCGCAGGCGCGGCGGCGCUCGUCGCCGUCGGCCUCAACAUCGCCUUCUCCGCCGUAGCCGCCCACCGCCGGAGGAAGCGACAAGAGCUUCCAGGGUUUACUGCUCAAGUCAACUUGUCACCAGCUGAGAUUAAAAGAUUAGCUGACCGUAUCAUCACUAAGGCGAAGGAAACAUAUGAUUCAGUGGCUGCAGUGCCCCUUGAUAAAGUCAGUUUUGCAAAUGUUGUUGCACCACUGGCAGAGUUAGAUGCGCUGCAAUUUCCUCUGGUUCAAGCUUGUGUUCUCCCAAGGAUGGUAUCAACAUCUGAGGAUGUUCGGAAAGCCAGUGCUGAAGCAGAGAAACGAUUGGAUUCUUAUUUUGUGCUGUGCAGGCAGCGUGAGGAUGUUUAUCGCGUAAUAAAAGCAUUUGCAGUGAAAGGUGAAAGAAUAGGUCCUGAAGCAACAAGAUUUCUCCAGUGCUUGGUGAAAGAGUUUGAGCGCAACGGAGUAAAACUAUCACAGAGCAAGAGAAAAGAAAUGGAGAAAUUGAAAUGCCAUAUAGAUGAAUUAAACUUGAAGUAUCUCCAAAAUCUGAAUGAUUUCACCCAAUUCCUCCUUUUAAACGAGGAUGAGCUAGCUGGAAUGCCCUUUGAGUUCCUAAAGGAUCUGGAAAAGGCUGAAGGGAAGCUGAAGGUUCCGUUAACUAGUUACCAUGUUACUCCAAUUCUCGAGCACUGCAAGGUUGGCUCUACCAGGAAGCAGGUUGCUGUUGCUUAUGGACAGAAAGGUGGGAAGGAUAAUCUAGGCAUCCUAGAAAAUUUGGUUCAGCUAAGACACAAGUUUGCUAGAUUGCUGGGGUAUGCCAACUAUGCUGAUUUUGCUAUUGAGCCCAGAAUGCCAAGGACAUCAAGGAAGGUCUUAGAGUUUUUGGAAGAGAUAUCAGAACAGUUAAGUGAUAUAGCUAAUAGAGAGCUCAGCAUACUCAAAGACCUUAAGAUGAAGGAGGAAGGAAAUGCUCAGGUCGGCAUGGAAGAUUUGUUGUACUACAUCAAAAGAGCUGAAGAAUUCAAGGUUGAUCUUGACAUUGGUGAAAUUAAACAAUACUUUCCUGUUAGCCUGGUCAUAUCUGGAAUGUUGAAGAUGUUUCAGGAUCUAUUCGCACUAAGAUUUGAUGAAAUUAAGGAUGCUGAGGUUUGGCAUGAUACAGUUCGUGUGUUUUCUGUUUGGGAUGCAAGUUCAAGUGAUCUCUUGGGUUAUUUUUUUCUCGAUGUCUUUGCCAGGGAAGGAAAGUAUGCACACACUUGUGUUGUGGCACUUCAAAAUGGAUGCUUGUAUUCUAAUGGUACAUGUAAGGUUCCGGCUGCUGUGCUAUUAUCUCAAUGUCCAAAAGAGUUUGAUGGGAAUUCAGCAUUGCUGCGGUUCCCUGAAGUUGUCAGGCUAUUUCAUGAAUUUAGCCAUGUGGUAUUGAUAUCAGCUUUCUCAAAUGUCCAUCACAUAUCAAACAGAGCCACCUUUUCAAGAUUUUCAGCUCUCCGACUGGAGGGUGACUUCACUGAAAUUCCAAGCCUGCUACUUGAGAACUGGUGCUACGAGAGCAUUUCUCUGAAAAUGAUGUCCGGCUUCCAUCAGGACAUUACGAAAUCCAUAACUAGUGAAGCUUGCCAAUCUUUGAAAAGGAGGCGCGAUUUAUUUGCUGGCCUGAAAAUGAAACAGGAGAUCCUUUUGUGCCUUGUUGAUCAGAUAAUACAUUCAAGUGAGAAUGUGGAUAUUGAUCACUUGAUCAAGGAGCUUCAUCCCAAGGUACGUAAAAUGAUUGCUUCACUGUUUAUAGAUCACUUGAUCAAGGAGCUUCAUCCCAAGGUAAUGUUGGGUAUACCUUUAUUGGAAGGGACCAGUCCAGCUUCAUGUUUUCCUCGUAUUGCUAUUGGCUAUGAUGCUGUGUGCUACAGUUACAUAUGGAGUGAGGUUUUUGCUGCUGACCUCUUUGUAUCAAAAUUUAAAGACGACUUGCUCAAUCAGCAUGCAGGAUUGCGAUUCAGAAAUAAGGUGUUGGCUCCAGGAGGUUCAAAAGAUUCACUGGAGAUAAUAACUGACUACCUAGGAAGAGAACCAUCACUCCAACCUUUUAUUCAGAGCAGAACAAGGAACAGUUUGUGAGAUAUCGUGUAUAAUGCAACCAUUAGAGUUUAUUCUUUUUUGUUAAUGUAACCAUUGAAGAUCUGAUGAUUGUUGAGGUCUUUUUUGCGUGACAGACUAUGAUCUGUGUGCAAUUCUGAUACCCGACAUUCGUUGACCCUUUAGUUAUGCAGGAAUACAAAAAUGCUGUGCCUAGAUUCUGCUUA